CAAGUUUCGAAGUGGGAAAAGCUUUCAUUGUUGUCAAUUUCAUAUUUUUGGAAAAUCAUUUACUUACCGGCUAAAACAGUUAAAUUAAUUAAAGAAAUGAGUUAUGAAAUUGUUGAAUCACUCAUCAAUGUUGGAUACGAUGGAAAAUUAAUGGAUGAAAAUGAGUUUUCGGAAGCGAUUAAUGAUGGAUUUAAGAACGAAGAAUUUCGAUUACUGAUUAUUUGGCUGUCUAAUGAAAUCAGCGAGCUAGGAAAACUUGAAGAAAAAAUUACAUGCUCGGAUAUAACAAGUUUCCAGAUUGAAUUGUCUAGCUUUUUAAAGGAAUUACAGUGCUCGUAUGAUGUUUUAAUUGGAGGAAGUAUAAAUAGUCGAAUGCAAACCGUUGAAUCUAGGUAUAUUCUUCUUGAGUUCCUAAUAACUGAAUUAAUGAGUCAAAAAAUGUUGCUGGUAAUUCAGAAGCCAAAAGAUAAAGGAAGUGUGUUGACAAUACAUGAAUCUCCAACGGCUGGUGCAUUAAAAGAAAUUGCAAUCACGCUUAAUCUUGGAAAACCUCCAGACAAUAUUUCAACGGAAGCUUUAUUUAAUAAAAUUAACGCACGAUUUGAUGAAACUAUUCACAAUACUCCUGAUGGACAUAAACGCAUCGGAUCUUCUCUAUUUAAUCCAAAAAAAUCAUUACAAACUGAUCAAUGGAUGAAAAUUGACAAGAUUCAUGCUAUGCUUGAUGAAGAAUACAGCAUUAGAAGAAAGAUGCUAAUGACCCGUCUUGAUGUUACAGUUCAAAGCUUUAAAUGGUCUGAGAGAAUAAAAGGAAAGGAGCAUGAAAUAAAUGAAAAGUACAGUAAUAAACAACAGAUAUUGGAGAAACUUAUAAAUGAUGAUCAUCGAACGGACAUUAUUGCUCUGCUUGCUGCUCGAGAUAAACUAGCAAUUAUUGAGAAGACAUCAAGUGCUAAUGUUCGAAAAAAUACAAAAAGUAAAUUACAACGACAUAUUAUUGGGAAGGUUCCAGAUCGUGGAGGUCGAACAUUGGAGAAUCAAAAACCACCUGCUGAAAUGCCAUCGUGGCAAAAGAGACAGCCUGAUCGCAGUGGAUUUAAUCAAAAUAAUCGUGGUAAUCGUGUUGGUGGUUUUCAACAAAAUCAAGGCUUUCCACAACAACAAUAUCAGCAAAAGGCUCCUUAUAAUCCAUCAAAUCAACAAUAUUCUGGAAACAAUUUUAAUCAGCAACAGGGUCAAGAUAACAGUCAAGGAAGUGGCUAUGGAAAUAAGAAUUUUAGAGGAAGAGUUCAAGGAAAUUGGAACCAAAGAGGACAGUCCUAUAGUUAUGGAAAUCAACAACGUGACAACUAUAGAGGCGGUCCCCGUCGUUAACCAAGCUUUUAACUAAUUCAUUUAUAUUAGUAUUUCUGCAUGUCUUUGAAGAUUCCUGAUCUUGCUGAAAAUAAAAAAUUGCUACACAUCUUAUG